AUAACUACAGUGUAUUACCAAAAGUAAUCAAUGGCGGCAUUGCUGGGAUCGUGGGCGUGUCUAUGGUGUUUCCCAUUGAUUUGGUAAAAACUAGGCUACAGAAUCAAACCACUGGACCCGAUGGCAAAAGGCAGUAUACGAGCAUGUUAGAUUGUUUCAAGAAGACAUACGCAGCGGAGGGCUACUUUGGCAUGUACCGCGGCUCGGCCAUCAACAUAAUUCUGGUGACUCCGGAAAAGGCCAUCAAACUCGCCUCCAACGACUUCUUCCGCUACUACUUUACACAACCCGACGGAAGUUUGCCAGUUUCCCGGCAAAUCUUGGCCGGAGGAAUGGCCGGCGCGGCUGCCGGCGUCACCUUGACCACUCCCAUGGAACUGCUCAAAAUACAGUUGCAAGAUGCGGGCCGCGUCGCCGCUCAGGCAAAAGCUGAGGGUAAACAGAUUACAAAGAUCACGGCGAUGAGCGUAGCGAGCAAGCUGAUCAAGGAGCGAGGCAUCUUCGGCCUGUACAAAGGCGUGGGGGCGACUACCAUCCGUGAGCUUUACUUCUGCCUCAUCUACUUCCCGCUGUUUGCGAUGCUCAACUCGGCAACUAAUCCCGAACCGGGGAAAACUCCUCCCUUCUGGUGCUCAUUCGUGGCAGGGCUCGGGGCGGGCUCCUUCGCCGCGUUCGCCGCCACGCCAGUCGACGUCAUCAAGACGAGAAUGCAGACCCUCACAGUGGGUGCCAAGCAGUAUAACUCUAUAGCAGAAUGUCUCACAACCACAGUGAAGAACGAGGGUCUGACAGCGCUGUUCAAAGGCGGAGCUUGUCGUAUGAUGGUGAUCGCCCCACUCUUCGGCAUCGCGCAGACUGUCUACUACUUUGGCAUAGCCGAAAACCUUUUCGGGAUCAAGUGAAAUCAUACAGAAUGUAACAUUUUGUUCGUUGAUGUCUUUUGUUCGACGAAAUUAUAAAUUUGUAUAUACUACCGUCGGUUGAAGUAAAUACUAUCUAAUCAUGUAAUUCAUUUUAUAAGCCCAAAAAAAUAAAGGUAUAACUGAAAGACACAAGGAUCAACAAAAACAACCAUAAAAGACUGAUCUUAUGGGAUAUGUACUUAUUUAUAACUUCACAAGCAGAAUAGGAUAAGUAAUAAAGUUGCUA